GGGUGCUGGACGUCGCCCUGCGCUCGAGGGGGAUUAGUAGAGUGGACCCGCUGUGAGAUGAAGAUUGUCCCCUUUGUUUGUCUUCAGCGUGAUGAUGGAUGGAGGGAGAGUAGAGCGGGGCAGUAACCUGGUCUUCAUGGAGCCCUGACACUUGGGGCCUAAGGCGGGUAAAUGGAAGCACAGGACAGGAGCAGGUCCCCGUCUCGUCGCACCAGUCGAGUGGAGCAGGUGGUGGGACGAUGGCUCAGACGCUCCAGAGACCUUGGGAGCAGGUCACACUCUGCGGGCAGAGACAGGAGUACAUCAGAGGAGAAGCCGUCCCAGUCCAGUGUACCAGAACAGAGAAGUUAUGGUUUUCGCUUUAGCAUCCAGAUUCAGAGAGACCCAGGCUUCUGCUCACAUGGCCUCACCCUCUCUUCCAACACCCCCAUCGUGGUGCAAGACAUCACCCCUGGUGGUCCCGCAGAUGGCCGCCUCGUCCCUGGAGACCGCCUGGUGAAGAUCAAUAACGUCUGUGCAGAUGAUCUGACCCCUGCACAGGCUGCUGAAAUACUCAGGGAGUGUCACGAUGUAUUGAUAAUGACAGUGCUGCGGACAAUGCUGGGACCAAAGUCGUCCUUCAUUACUCCAGAGAAAAAGGCCAAGCUCAAGUGUAACCCGGUGAAAGUGCGUUUCGCUGAAGAGGUGGAGGUCAAUGGACAGUCUCAGGGGAACUCGCUGCUCUUUCUGCCCAACGUCCUGAAGGUUUAUCUGGAAAAUGGACAGACCAAGGCCUUCAAAUUUGAACCAAACACCACUGUAAAGGACAUAGUGAUGACGCUGAAAGAGAAACUGUCUCUGAUUCGAAUUGAACACUUUUCAUUGGUACUUGAGCAGCAGCCCGGUGUGACCAAACUAGUCCACCUGCAUGAAGACGAGAGGAUACAGCAGAUUGUGCAGAAGAAAGAGCCCCAUGAUUACAGAUGUUUGUUUCGAGCCUGUUUUGUUCCCAGGGACCCUCAGCUUCUGCUCGAGGAUGACCCCACUGCCUUUGAGUAUCUCUUUCUGCAGGGAGUGAAUGAUGUGCUGCAGGAGCGCUUUGCAGUGGAGAUGAAGUGUAACACGGCUUUACGGCUCGCAGCUUUGCACAUCCAGGAGAGACUGGCCAGCAGUGGGCACUCCCCGAAGACCAACCUCAAGACAAUCACUAAAACCUGGGGUAUAGAGAGCUUUGUGUCCACUACAUUACUGAGAAACAUGAAGGAGAAAGACCUGAAGAAGGCCAUCAACUAUCACCUGAAGAAGUGCCAGUUGCUGCAAGACCCCAAACUUAAGCCCUCAUCUGUAGAUCAGGCACGAAUCAACUAUCUGGAAGAGCUCUGCGACCUCAAGUCAUUUGGAGGAAAGCCAUUUAGUGCUACACUUAUGCUUCAGGACAGAGAGUCGACUGUUAAUCUUUUGGUCGGAGCUCGUUAUGGUGUGAGCCAAGUGGUCAACCGAAAGCUCAGCAUCAUGACAGCCCUCACCGACUUCAACAGCAUCACCCGUGUUGAACUGGUGCCCGAAUCUGACCGCGUCAGUCUGGUCAAAAUAUAUGUGCAGGACAUCAAGCCCAUCACCCUGCUCCUGGAGACUGCAGCGGCUAAAGACAUGUCCUGCCUUAUAGCGGGGUAUUGUCGAGUGUUUAUUGACCCCAACAUCAAUGUUUUUCCCUGGACAGAGGACAACAAGAAGCACAAAAUAUCUGCAGAAGAAGGUUACGUGUCAAGAUGUGCCAGCGACUCUGACAGCUCCACUGACAUUGACAUCAUAAACACGGUGACCUCCCCACGCAACCGCUCCUCCUCCGAAGCACAUGGGAUCAGGAGAAAAGAGAGGGUGAAGAGGAGGAGGAGAGAGGUCAAGAUCGAAAAAUCCCUAGAGGAGAAGAAGGAUGCAGAUACAGAAGUGAUAACGCUAGAAAAUCUUGGAGAAAUUAAUACGACGGGAAGGGAGGUUGAUGGAGGAGCAGAGGAGCACCAAUCAGAAGCUUCAGAUUCUUGCCAUGUUUUGACGAGCCUGUCCUGUGACUCCUUAGAUGCGCUAGAGGAAGACGACUUGCUGUCAUGCUCAUCCCACCACAUAUCCCAAACUACUCCGCUCCAAUUACAUCAUUAUACCCCUACCCAAAAUGAGCCGCACCUUCUGGGACCCCCACCUGCCCAUUCGCACCCGCUGUUACACCCAAAUACUGAAGAAGUAGUCUGUAGGAAGUCCGGAGACGGAGCAGACCCCCAAAUACUCACUCCACCCCUGUCACCAUCUACAAGCUAUCAAAAUCCAUGUAGCGAGGAUAGUUCAAUACGUUUUGCUGACUUGUCACGACUUGUGGAUUUUCUCCCAAGCCCCCCAGAGGCAAGUGAGGAAGACGAGGAUGUAGAGGAAGAACUGAGGAAGAGAAGAGAAAAAAUACAAUGGGACAGUGGUGUUAAUGAUAAAGCCACCCCCAUUUCAACGUCCUCCCAAACUUCAAAUGCAGAGUAUGUUUUUAACUUUGACCAAAAUGAUGCUCGAUGUUAUUACAACCUGGUGUCUAAUAUCACCCCGGACAGUGCUCAGAGUUUGCCCCAAAGAGGAAGUGAAAGAGGUUCAGAGGGGGAUUCUGUGGUGGAUCAGGUCCCAAUUCUCCAACCGCCUCCUGGUUUUGGAGACAGCAGCUCAGAGGAGGAGUUCUUUGAUGCCAGAGAUCAGCUCGCCUCCCCUGAAGAUCCAAGCUUAGCAGCGGCAAAAAGAGAUAUGUGUGCUGUGGGUGAGGGGGGGAAAGCUGGACUCACUGAAGGACAAGAGAAAAAGGUGGGCUUUAGAGCAGGAGGUGAGAGACUGUCCCAACUCCGCAAACGAUCCCGAAAGCGCCGCUCCUACCUGGAAACGGAUUACACCUCCACUGUGUCUUUUCCUGAACAAGACGAAAGCAAAAAGCAGCAUCGCAAAAAGCUCUCCGUGGGAUAUUUUGAUCCACAGAUGCUGAGCGUGGAUCCAGAACCAUCUGAGCAAACCCAAAAUCCAAGUCCAACAGUCUCCUCAUUAACCCAUUCAGAAGGUGAACCGUCCCAGCUGGAGUCCAAACCAAUCUUGUCCAAACACUGCUCCAAAGAGUCUGUAAUUAAACAAAGGACUUCUGAUGUGCAAAACACAACCAGGAAGCAAGACAUGGAGAUGGAGCCAGAGUCAAUGGAAUCAAAAUCAGUUACAGAUUUGGUAAAGCCUCCUUCUCCAAACAUUACUGUGGUGCGAUGUAGAGUUGAGCCAGAUGGAAAGGAGAGCGCUGAUAGGACAGGUGACGGGAAGGAAGAAACCCACGAGGAAGCAAAAAAUGUUUUAAAUAAUGGUCCUUUUGAUAGUCACAUGUUUUUGCCAGAAAUAUCCAAAAGUAUUGUAGAAAAGAUGAAUGAAAAUGCUAAAUUAACUAUUAAUCCAAUUGGAGAAGCUAUGAUGGCAAUACAGCAGAGUUCAUACAUUGAGGAAUAUAUUCUUCAAGAAAUUAUAUGCAAUUCAAAAUCUUUCUGCCCACCACCUGCUCCUCCCUCAUCCCCAUUUGUAACUGUUCUCAGUGCAGCUCAAAAUGACUGCUCAGAAAUAGAAAACUUAAAUAAAGGUAGCAAAAGCACAAACAAUACAAAUGCUAUUCAAAGACUGGAGGUUGUACAAAGUAAUUCCAUUAUUUCCCAGACAGAGGGUAGUGCUACUGAGGAUGAGGCUUUGGCAGUUGCUUGCUCUACCAGGACGGCAAGUGAGGAAGUUACAGACAGCACCACUUCUGAUAAUGUUUUUGAGGAUGAUGAAGGUACUGUCUCUGUAAAUUCAAAUUUGAGUGACGCUAAACAUGAUUGGGUUGUGGCGACAAGGAAAAGUUUCAUUGUUGAUACGGUUGAAGCUCAAAUUGGCAACACUAAAACAAAAAGGCUUUACUCUCUUAGUUCAGAUUUUAGCUGCGCACUUUUCUCGAUCUCUUCAAAACUUGGUGCAGCAUCAAACGAUAUGUCUCCUAAUACUGAAAAUCAAAUUGCAUGUAAAAAUACAUUUGAAACUACAGGUGACUUUACAUUGUCACUAACUAAAGAUUUAGUUAGCCCAAGUUUAGCAAAGCCGGAAGUCUCAACUAAUUCUCCAUCUAACUUUAUGUUCCAAGCUUGGUCUCCUACAAUUAUGGGUCGCUUGUCUGCAUCCACGCUUAGAAGCAAGAUUCACAGUUUACCUUUUUAUCUGUCCCGCUCACUAGAGUCAGUUAACCAGGCUGGUUUAGGGAAUCCAAUCCAAAAUGUAGCAGAGGAAAUCACAGAUCAAGAUAAAAACAUCAAAAUUAGUGUUACAGAUGUUAACAAUGUGACCGAGACAUUGGACUUGGCUAUUGAGUCUAUUGAAUCAGAUGAGUCUGAUACUACAGUGACUGGCUCAGACUUGGAUCCCGCUCUUACUGAAGAAAAAAUUGAUGAAAAAUUUGGCAUGAAUAUAGAUCUUGAUUUAUCACUGUCAUCGACACAAAAUCAGCCAGAAGACCAAAAAGACUGUAUAUCUGUUCAAAGUAUGCCAGCUCCAGUAGUAGAACCUCCAACCUCAAUAGUGAACCAUUUUCAACCAACUCAAAAUGUAUAUAUAGACACUCCAGGCCCUGUAACCACCCCGCCAGUGUCUAAAAUCAGAUUCGCUCAGCCUGGAGAAGACGUACCAGGGAAAAAAUCUAGUCCAUCCAUUACCACUCCGGUAGUAGUGACUACACAGAGUCGUAGUGAAGCAGGUGAACCACAAGAGAGCAGCAGUGACAGUGGAAAGGUCCUAAUCUGUGGACCCCAAGAGUUCAAUUCCAGAUCUCAUAACAUUUCGGGAGGCUGCAGGCCGUUUGCAAUUUGUGGAGAGUCCUCACAAUCAAAGGUGCCUCUGGAUGUUGUCCCGGUGAAGACGGACUCUGGCUGUCCUGCGGUCUCUGCGUGUAAUACUGUUGUGGACCCUCUGGAUGCAUGUGGCUGUUCGUCUGUCUACACAAACUGCUUCAAUGAUGGAGACACCUUUGAUGAAGAGCUGACAGUGUACGAGUUCUCAUGUCGCACAGAAAGCAGCGGCCCUCAGUUAAAUGCAUUGGGUCUCCCUCUCAUCACUGCUCCUGUGUCGUUCCUGAACACUCCAUCAUUCCCACGCUCUGUGCUGUCAUCCUCUGCCUCAGAGCUCAGCCCGUUGCUCUCUCCUCUGUCUGAUGAUGGCCCCCAGACUCACUCACAUAAAGAGAUGCUGCAGCGUCUGGGGAAGCAGCAAUACCCGAGCCUCCCCUCUGGGUUUCAGCUGCUCAAAGCUGAUGUAGACCAGCUGCUCUCUGUUCUGGAGACCACCCACACGGACCAGUCAUUUGAGACCCAGAGGGGGCAGCACCCGCGGGACACCUGCCCCUCUCAUUUCACAGAGAACAAGAGGGUGCUGCAGAUAGAGGCGCGGCGGCUCAUGGCGGGGUGUCACAGGGUGGUAGGGAUCGAGCAGAGCCCAGAGGAGAUGUUCUGCUCUUUAGUUGAGUGUUUUCACAUCCUGGUGGGACUUUGCUCUCUGGUGCUUUGGUUCUCGAGCUGUGAGCGAUGUGAAAGAAGGAACGCAGAUGCCGUGUCUGGUCUAGUGGACGUGACACGUUCUUUCAGAGACUUUUGUGUCGCUGCAGAACGAGCCAGCAGCAAACGUAGCUGUCAGGACCUUAGCACCAAACUGUUGGCCAAACAGUGCACAGCUCUGAACGCCUCUGUCUUCUGCCUGAUCCAGCUGUUCCGUACUCUAACUGCGCUGUAGCCUCCAAGGAGCAGGGACCUCACAGACUUAUGGACUCUCAGAAUGGGACAGAAUCAGCCCAAACGAUCACAACAGUUUGCACUAUGCAGACCUCUGAAUGCAUGUGGUGAGUGGCUUCAUGCUGUGCACGUACUGUAGCCCACAAACCAAAGGUUUGUCUGUACCUGUCCGGAAGAAAAGGCCUACUUGAAUGUAAUAUAUAGUAUUUUAUGGUAUACAGUAUUUAUUUAUUCAACUAUUUAACUAUGGGAAUGUUCAGAUGAUGUGCAUAUGUUUACAUGUGUGGUUUGCUGUAUUGGUGUGACAAUAGUUGGCCUUUUACAAAUAGAAAAGCACAGAUACUCAAAUGUUUUGUAUGCAUAACUUAUACACUAUUGGCCUUUGUUUGUGAUAUUAUCUAUGCUUAUAUAUUAUACUUGCAAUUUUUCAGGUUGUUUGGGCUUUGAAUGUUACUGUUUACAAAAACUGUAGUACUAUCUUUUCCUGGUGGUCGCUUACAGCAAAGAUUAGCAAAACUGAAUAAAAAUACUUCAAUAAAUAAUGAAAUAAAGAUACAUCACGGUAGUUUUUGAUUGGCACAUUUUGCAUAUUACAAUGAUUAUAAUCUUAGAAAAUAAAGUUAAUGUCACCCACAUUUAAAAUUUUCAGCAUCCUCUUAAACCCUAACAUUGGCCUCGACAGUAUACAUAAACCCACACUAAGUGCAUUAUUUUUACAAAUUGAAGAAUAGGGCUAUAAACAGUCAUUUCCAUUCAUAUUUGGACACAGUGGUUUCUCAUAAUUUGUUUAUCAGUGACAG